CCGAUUCGUGCCCGACGUCGAACAUUCCUCACUCGCGGGUCGAACGCGCGCGCGGAACUGACCGCGCCGUCCCUUCCCCUCCCCCGACCGCGACGCAGUCAUGGACCCGUCGGACAUCGACCCGGUCCUGAAAGACCUCGGCCCGCUCCUCUCCUCCCCUCGCGGCGGCACAGCUGUGCCCGGCCACAACCUCAUCUCGCGGUCCGUCGCCCCCGCGCCCGGGCAGCUCGGGCGCAUGCCCUCCGUCCCGGCCGACGCCGGAGCCUUCUUCGACGAGAACGACCUCGCCAACCUCGACGGCGUGCUCGACUUCGACGUCCCGGGCGGCGGCGCCGGCGCCGGCCUCGGGCAGUCGGGCAACUUCGGUGGACCAAAUUCGGGAAUAUAUAAUUCGGGGUACAUCAUGGACGUGGACAGGGCGAACACCACGGGUGACGCGGACCACGCGGGUGGUCUGAACACGUCUUCGGAGGACCUGGACUUCUACGGGAGCGACCACGGUGACGACCACGGCGGCGGCAGCGGGACGAAGGGGGGUAAGGGGAAGAAGGGCCACGGCCGGCGGCACAGCGGCGAGAGCUUCGAGAUUGGCAGCAGCGGUUUGGACCAGGUGGACGUCUCCGACUUGGACCCGAAGGAUCCCAAGUAUCGCAGGCGCAUACAGAAUCGCAUGGCGUCGGCGCGGUUUAGGGCCAAGGCGAAGGAACGUCAGCAGGAGCUGGACAGGCUCAAGUCGCAGGUGACGCAGCUGCGGCGCGAGAAGGCUGACCUGGAGGCGCAGUGCCGUAACCUGAACGUCAUGAUCGAGUCCGCCGCGGAGCAGCACAGGACGUCGACGAUGGCGUGGAUCGUGGACCACUUCUGGCUCCGUCGCAAGGUGCACUUCAAAACGCUCGCCAACUCGGUGCGUUGGAUGGUGCGCGGCCAGUACAGAAAGGGGAUGACGGACGCGGUGCUCAGGGCUAAGCUCGCGGCGGAGGGUAUCGUUCGCGAGGAGGAAAGUUCCCACGCGAGGGACGACGAGCCGAACGACGACUCGGACGUCUCCAUGGACGACGCCGGGUACGAUAAGAACAGACCCGGGGAGAGGCUGAGGUACGAUACGAACAGGCACGAGGCCCGGGACCCGCGCGGUCAGACUUUGGGCGAGAUGAUGUCGGGCGGCGCCGGGGACGGGCCCGACGGUCCGACGCUGUCGCCGGGAACGAGUUGGAAGCUGUGGGCGACGCUGCAAAAGUUGGGGAGUUUCGGGCGCAGCAAACCGCCGGUGGACCCGGACACGGGCGAGCCGAUCAACAGGCCGUACACCCGCUGACGACGCGCGAUUGCGAGAGCAUCGUCGAACCGCCGCGAGCGCAAGGCGACGCUCAUGUAUAUUAGCCGCUAAGAUUAACGAAACCCUCAAAUCAAAAGUC